AGAAAAACAGACAGACAGAGAGGAGGGAGAGACAAAACUUCAUCACUGACUCCAGAUCUGAGGACAAACUCAUCUGAAUAACCACUCACACCAAUUCAAACAGUUCAGUAAUGCCUUUAUCAGCCCCUCCUCUCUUCUCCCUUCCUCUCCUCCUUCUGCUUUCUCAACUGGACUCCGCCCUCACCUGUCGUACUGCCAGCCAAUCCCAGUGUGACUCUGCACCCUUUGUCCCCGGUCACAACCUGGCAGGGGAGGGUUUCGAUGUGGUGACCCUGAAACGUAAAGGGGCCUACCUGAUUGACCUGAGGACCUACCUGUCCCCCAGUAAAACCUGUACACUGUGUAGUAACCCCCUACAGGGGAACGAGCUGCAGAAAAUACCCCUGUCUGUUGUAGACUGGAGGCCCUACAGCCACUGUACUGAGGAUAUCUCCAGCCACUCUCAUGCGUCUGUCAGUAACCUGGCACAGUCCACUACCAACGAGAUCUCUACAAAAUGGAAGGGGGGUUUGAGUAAUGAGGCGAAGGUGUCUGUAAGCGUACCUGUGGGACCGGUGAUUGUGAGUGUGGAGAAGGAUGUGGGUGCUAGCAUAGAGAUGGGAGGGUCCCAGUCGGAUGUAGCCAUCUUUGCCACGACCAAGACCAAAGAGGACCACCACUCUUUCUUCUCACAGAACCUACGCUGCUGUCACUACAGUUAUCGCACGCCAAACACUCCAACUCUCAGCGAUGAGUUCCGUAAGGACAUUGAUCGUCUGAGUCCAUACUCUAAGACCUCUAAGGCCCAGUACCGUCGGCUCAUAGACACCUAUGGGACUCACUACAUCCGCCAAGUUGACCUGGGAGGCCGGCUGACGAUGACCACAGCAAUACACACCUGUCAGGCCUCACAUAGUGGCCUCUCUACAAACCAGGUUUACAUCCAUCUAGUCCAGGGUUCUCCAAUCCUGUUCGUGGAGAACUGUCCUCCUGUAGGUUUUCGCUCCAACCCUAGUUGA